GUCGCAUGCCACCCACCUAUAUCAAGCCCCCGCUCACCGUGCACCGCUCCCAAGUCCCAAGUGCCCGCUGCCACCUCGCUCCCGAUCGACGAGCUGCCUGCAAGCACUCAUGGCGGCGGCGGCGACGGCGGCGAGCCGGGGGACGCGGGCGCUGGCGGUGCUGGGGCGGUGCGUGCGCGCGCCGUUCCGCGCGCUCGUCCGCGCGCGGGACCUGUACGUGAGCCGGAUGGCGGCCUGCGCGGGCGGCGGCGGGCGGGGAGCGGGCCUCGGCCCCGUGGGGCUGGUGGCGGCGCCGCGGUGCCAGAGCCACGGGUUCUACCGGUCGGGGGCCGGCGCGGACGACGACGUGCGGGAGCUCAUCAGGGCGGCCUCCCGCGCCGGCAGGCCCCCCGGCGUCGGCGUCGGCGUCGGGCCGCGGAGCCAGAGCGUGGCCGUCGCGCGGAUCGACGAGGACCGGGCGUGCGAGUUCGGGCUGGGGGACGGGGAGAGGGCGCAGGCGCUGGAGCCCCGGAGCAAGAGCUGCGCCGCCGUGGGGGUGGCGCCGUCGGCCAGCCUGGCACGGCUCCCCGGGCCCGGCACCGCUGAAAAUGUUCUAAACUAUGAAGCGAAAUUCUGUCGCGCAUGGCCCCGGCCGUGAGCUCGAUUGAACGUCGACGGUCGUGGUCUUUGGAUGCGGUCACGGGACCCCCGGAGCUGUGGUUCUCAAUAUUUGCCGGAUUGUGCUCCCAACCCAGACUCUACUUAUAGUCUUGACCUCAAACACUCUAUCAUAAAAAACUA